AUGGCCUUUGCGCUGAGAAAGUACCUGCAAAUGAUGGAGACGAUGGACCCGAAGAAAUGGAAAGAUGAUGAUAAGAGAAAACCUCGGUAUGCUUUCAAGAUUGUCUCUCAACACAUCAUGACCAAUGCGCGCAUUGUUGCGUUGACCAACAACAAUCUCGCUGGGGAGCCGAUCCGUCAACAUUUCGGCACCGAGGCAAAAGCAGUUGUGAUAUUCCGCGAUGAGGAUCCCAAAGAAUUGGAGGCCAGCGGAUGGGUCGGCAUUACAAAGAUGGCGUGUUCGACCAAAAUUCAGGGGAAUCGUUGUUGGAGGUGA